GAUCUAGGACACCGGCCUGGAUCACUAGCCUUAUGAUCAUCAUAUGCGAUAUGCUUGCUUUUCUUCCCUUCGAAGGUCCGGCCACAGCCUUGGCCUUGCAGAUGACGACAUGGUGGGCUCAGCUGAGGAGGGGCCUGCUCAGCCACAAGGCAUCAACCAACGACGCAGUGUUCACCCCUCAGGUUCUCCUCCAUAACUGGGACCCCUCCGCACUCUAUUCUGCAACUCACGAGAUAUCAAAUUGAGACCAUCGCCAAAUGCAGCCGUCUCGCCUUCAAUGGCUACCCAAGCAUCUACAACAGCGAUCACACACUCGCCAACCGCAACAACGAUAGGCGGGAAUGGAAUCACACCUAUAGGUUCCCUCCAGUCACAGUCGAGUUGGAAGACUUUCAAGUCGAAAGUGUCGAUAUCAGAGCGAACCUCGUCGCAGCUAGGAUGGGCCAUUGCACUGUUCAGUGUGAUACUAACGGUAGUCGCAUUGUCUCCCACGUUCAAAAGUUUGACUGCUUCCCAGAAAGCCCUUGAACUGGCUGAGUGGACUGCUCUAAAAGAUUACAUUGAAGACUGUAAAUCUGAAUUGGCUGCUGGAGUUGAAUCACGAGCAUGCCAACGGGCAAUAGCUGCACAACUACCGCCUCCUCCAUACGUCAAACUUGGAGUGGUCGAAAGGAUCAGACGCAGUCUUUUCAAUCACGACCCCGUUAAUCCACGAAGCUCGACGGUCGACACUGUUACGAACAUUCCCAGGACACUUGAGUGGCUAGUGUUUCUUCUCGUUCUCUUGACUAUUGCCGUUUUCCUCUUCUUGAGCUUCGAGAGUAAUAGGUCUCGAGUACGUCAACGAGCGCAACUAGAUCCUACAAUCGAUGAAGAGUACGAGUCAAGAUCGGAUGAUAGCCCGAUCACCCUGUAUGUCUCCUACGGCGACCAAACUGGUAGUUCUCGGCCUCUUCACCAAUCAAAUGCGUCAGCGCUACGGCAGCGCAAGCCUCCUAGACCUAAAGGCCCAUCCUACAGACAUGCCAGCCUGGAAGAAGCUCUCCGUGUAGAAGAUCUCCUCGAGAUACAGCUUCGUCUAUCGCAUGGGGAAGACAUCACACGUCACUGGCCCUACCUUAUCUAUUCCCUCGCCAUCUCCUCCCCAGCUACUCGAUCGGACUCUCGCCGCCUCGACAUUGCACGCCUAUGCCUGAAGCAUGGAGCCGACGUGAACGCCCUUAAAGGCUGGAACGGCCAAUCUGCCCUGAUGAUCGCCAUCCACUUCGGCAACGUCGCCGUCGCCACCCUUCUCAUCGAGCACGGCGCAGACGUAUGCCAUGCGCCUCCUGGAAGCGGAAGCGGCGGACCAGCACUUCACCGAUGCGUUAGGCUUGCGGUCACUGGAUCCAUACGAGAAGCACUGGAACUGACGCAACUGCUAUUCGAUUACGGCGCGGAUGCGAAUCAGACUAGCAGGUUAGGCGAGACGGUCAUGCAUGAAGUUCUUAUGGAGGCAUGGUUCAAUCGCGACGUCACAGAUAAGAUUUUGACGUGUAAAGAGAUCGCGAUGAUGCUUGUAAAGAAUGGGGCUGUGAUGCCUAAGACUAUCAAGGAGAGGUAUGUGAAGGGGAAUCCCUUGUAUGAGGUUGUUGAAGCGGAGGUUCAGGAGAGGGAGGCGAGGAAGCGGCCUCUGCCGUGGCCAUGAUGGAUUGGAUAUUAUUUCUUUCAGCAUCUUCUCUUGAUAUGUGUAAUUACUAGGGGUGCGCUUGCUUUUAGCUUUCGCGUUUUGUACAUUAGUGUAUUCUAUAACAGGCAGUACAACAUCCCAAUGUGCACCCAAGCACUUUCCUUUCCCGUUC